CUUCUGUAUAGUCACACUUUAUAGUGCGGUAUACUGACCCUUAGUAAAUAUAUUGCAAGUGUAAUUUUGAAAGUGUGAUUGGCCCUCGUCACUUUGCGUACGGAGCUACAAUUAUCCCCACGUGUGGUUUAAUAUACCAGGCCUGAGGACUGUGAAUCUUUUCAACAUCAUCUCUUGGGUACUUUGGACGGACUCUCUAGGAAGUGAUCACUUCCGAGUGGUACCCCGUCUUGGUAUCUCUACCCCAAUAGCUUGCACGAUGCCUUCGGACAGUAUGGAUAAUAUAGAACUAAAGAAAAUUGAACUACAAUUCCCAGCGCUAAGGUAUUUGACAAGAGACGAUGGUUCCGUUCAAGAAGAAAGAAUUGAAACAGAUAAGGGAACUUUGCUUGUAGCGAUUCAAGGCAAUCGAGGAAAACCGGUGAUUCUUACUUAUCACGAUUUAGGUCUCAACCAUAUCUCGAGCUUCCAGGCAUUUUUCAAUUACAUCGAUAUGCGUGUUCUACUAGAAAACUUUUGCGUUUAUCACGUAAACGCCCCAGGACAAGAAGAAGGUGCUCCCACAUUACCUGACGAUUACAUUUAUCCUUCUAUGGACGAUUUGGCGGAACAAUUGCUGUUUGUUUUAGGCCACUUUGGCUUAAAGUCAGUAAUAGGUUUUGGUGUUGGUGCAGGAGGAAAUAUUCUUGCACGUUUUGCGAUAGCGCACCCCGAAAAAGUGAAUGCACUCUGUUUAAUUAAUUGUGUAUCUACGCAGGCUGGAUGGAUUGAAUGGGGUUAUCAGAAGUUAAAUGUUCGCCAUCUCAGAUCCCAGGGUAUGACCCAAGGUGUUUUGGACUAUCUAAUGUGGCAUCAUUUUGGUCGGGGUACCGAGGAGAGAAAUCAUGACCUUGUUCAAGUCUACAAGAACUACUUCGAGCUGCGAGUAAAUCCAACGAAUUUGGCUUUGUUCAUCGAUAGCUAUGUACGCCGCACGGAUCUGAAUAUCACUCGGGAAUUAGAUCCUACUCGUAAAAAGGAAGGAUUAACAUUGGAUGUGCCCGUAAUCAACAUAACAGGAGCCCUCAGUCCUCAUGUAGAUGAUACCGUCACAUUAAAUGGUCGAUUGGAUCCUGCUAAUAGCUCCUGGAUGAAGAUCUCAGAUUGCGGGAUGGUGCUAGAAGAACAGCCCGGUAAAGUGAGUGAAGCCUUUCGACUCUUUCUACAGGGUGAAGGAUAUGGUAAGUGAGCGCCGUCGCAAUGAGAUAGAAUUAGAAACCAAUAACAGAUUGAAAUUAUUUAUCGAUUUUCACUGACGAUGAUCGGCAUAUUUGCUAUUACGCAUAAGUCAUACAUCAUCUCUAAGCACACUCAAAAAAAUGUUCGUUUGUAACAAACAACAAAAUUUAUUUGAAUUCAUAUAAUUGAAUCAAACAAAUUUUUUGCUGCAAUUAAGAAAACGUUUAUU